UUAUCUUUUUUUCUGCGGAGCUUUGUUGUUUGAAAAUGGCGGUCUACGAGGUGUUCGCACACCCAGAGCUAAGGCGUUACAAGACAACAAUUGUCUCCAAAGCCUCUGUGGUCAUGGCUGCAGUCUUGAUACUGACUUUUAUCCCUCCGCUAUUUAUUGUCUACAGAAGUUACGGAUUCUGGCUGAAAGAAGCAACAUACCGAGAGAUGCCAUCAGUUGCAUUUAAACAUGAGUUACUCGUUAUUCUUGAACUUGGAGGGACUGAUGUAGCAGAUGGUGAUUAUGUCACCUACAGCACAUUUCAGAUGUAUAACCAGCUGCAAGCCCAACGUCUUCGUGUUCCUAUCAUUAAGUCAAGAGAAGAGGAUGUGAAUGGUGAUGGGAAAGCGGACCGUCUCAUCUUUAACCUGGAGAUGCCACUUGCAGACACAGAGAAUGUAAUGGGACUCAAGCUGUUACUGUUUUUCUCCUAUAAACUUGUGAAGUUCUCUUCCUUUAAAAUGGAAUCCCUUGGAUAUAUUGAGCAUGAAUCUGCAAGGCCUGGUGCAAAACUACAGGUUUAUGGUGACCUGAAAUUUCAACAAAAACAACCACUGGCCCAUAAGGGCAUUGACACACGUUUCAAUUAUCCUGUGGUGAACACUUCAAGCACAUUUGCAGAUGAUUAUGACUUGUCAACAAUCUUCAGGAAUUAUACUCAAAGAAAUGUAACUACAGCAAUACCAAACCCUUAUAAAAUCUGGACAAGUGGCCGAGGGGCUGGUGAUCCAUUUGUCAUCUCAGCAACCAUUGAGUAUCUUGAGGAGACUUACCUUUAUACUACAGGCUUCUGGUACUUGAUCAAGUGGGGAUGGGUGCAGUAUGUUGCUGUACUUGCCAUAUUUUUCUAUAUCUUUGAACGUGUCAAGGUGUUCAUCUUCCAAAAUCAGUUAGUGAGAACAAUAGUAGACCGAUCUGCUGACCUCAAGAAUAAACUGUCAUAAUGCCUCAUCAUGCAUUUUGAAUUAGUCAUCAAGCCCCUUUGUAAGUGUAAAUUUAAUGAGUCGUGGUGUACAUGUGCAUGGCUAAGAGGGAAAAUGAAAAGUUCACUGCGUAUCUUAUUAGGUGACCGAGUAGUCUAAAAAGACUUUAUGAACAUUGAUUCAUAAUAACUCAUUGCACUAAAAAAUGCAGGAAUGAAAACUUUAUCUGUUCAUAGUUUGAACAAUUCACAGUAAGAGAUGGAGUAUGUUGGUAGUGGUAUGUUCAGGUAAAAUUUUAGUAGCAGUUGUUGCUAAUUCUACAGCAACUGUUUAUCAGUUUUUACAGUUUCAUCCUGUACAUAUUUUUGUGCUGUUGUGUAAUACCCUAGGAUUUAUCCAUGUUUAGUGAGAAAUGAAUAUAUAUUUGAGAUCUAGGGAAAAUGCUUAUGUUCAUAUCAAUAUUUUGUAGCUACAUCAAUUCAUUUGCAUUGUACAGUUAGUGUUUAAGUGUGUUUGAGUUGGGACAGGGGAGUGGGGGGGGGGAAUUGGUGUUUUACGCCUUGCCAGCAACUGAGGCUAUAUUACGGCAAGGCAGCCAGCCCUGUAAACAGAUGCCACGUGUAGAGAAAGAACAGCAUGCCCGAGACGAGAAAUGAACUCUGGGCAGCCAACCUUCACUGUAUUGGUGACAGGCACUAACCGUUGCGCCACCGGACCGCUGUGGGACGGGGGAGGGGCUGUUCUGGCAGAUGUCUGAAACAAUUCUGCUUAUAGAAUAUGUGGUAUUUCCACACAUUCCACGUUAUCUUAAGGGUAAUAUUCCGUCCAAUACACUUUUCUAUUCUCA